AUGAAGCUGCUUCGCACGGGCACACUGGAUGUCGAAGGACUCACGAUCAACCAAGAAGCAGAUCUCCGGGAGAUGCUCGACUACCUCCAGAUCCAGAUCGAGAGUCCGGCGCCAGAGCCAUCAGCACCGAUCGCGCCAUUGCAGUGGGACCCACGCCGGUGCUCCGAGAAGAUACAGCUUGCGGACGACAACACAUUGGCGGUGCACCAAGGCCUUGGCUGGUUCAACGUUGUUGCGUCGCGCCCCGCAACGACCUUUGCAGUGCGACUCAAGCUCGGGUCUCACGGCGAAGUCGGGUUCUUACCGCUUGUCGACGAGACGUCGCCGGUGCCCACGCGCAAUCGUGCAUCUCGCGGCUGGUUUUUUAGCUGCAAGUCCGCAACCGUGUCUUCCCAUGACGAAGUGAUGUCUGGUGGCCUCCUCGAUACCACAGUGCCGCGCGUGAUUUUCCUUCAAGUGACGUGGCACCGCCUUCAGCAGCGUAUCUCGUUUGCGGUCGACGGCGUGCUGCUGCCAAAGGGUCUCCACGAUGUUCCUAGUGACAUUAACAUGUACCGGGGGUCGGCCGCUGGUGUAGUGGUCGAGGCGUUCCACUUAAAUUCGAGCUCGAACGGAUAGCGGGUUCAAAUCCAGCUGCGCGCAUGCAA